GAGUCAUUUUGGACUGUGAAUUGCAUUAUAGGUUGGCUCACACAUAGAUCCAGUGAGCCACAAAAAUGAAGCUGAUCUGUUGUGCUUUGCUCUUGAUAGCACUAGGUGCACAAGCAUAUCUACCAAACAAACAUGCAGGGCACUUGGUCCAUCCAUACAACUAUGGAUAUCAACAGGGAUACCAUGGAUACUAUCCAUACAAUAUCCCAAUAAACUAUCGUUAUAAUGGAGGACUAAAUCAUCACAACAAUCACCAUGGCCAUCGUAGAUGCCCUGGAAACACACAAACAUGUCCCGAGGGCUAUACUUUUAAUAGGAGGCUCUGCGGUUGCUUCAAAGAUGGAGAUGAGCUACCAGAGACUACAGGUCAAACACCUAGAAAAGUCAAAGUCCCAGUUCCUGUACCAGUACCAAUUCCAGCAGUUCGCCCACCACCAUGUCAAAGGAUCUUCCCUUGCACUGUAGGACAAGUUUUUGACGAGAGUCGAUGCCAGUGUGUGUGUGCAGUGCAAAUCACACAAUGUCCAGGUAGGACAACAUACAAUCCAAGCCAGUGCAAGUGCGAGUGUACAAUAAUACAGGCCUGUCUCUCAUUCCAACGGUUCAAUACAUUACUGUGUGUAUGUGAACCAUCUACCCCUCCUACAGUUCCCCUUCCUCCAGCCCCCCUUCCACCAGUAGUGGUAUUCCCUCCUGCUCCGGCUCCACCAGGUCCACUUCCACCACUUCCACCAGCAGGGCCUAUCUGCCCCCCAUCCAGCCAAUUCCGUUGCAAUAGUUUCCAGGUCCUCAAUCCCAGUACAUGCAACUGCGAGUGCUCACCAUUAGCAGCAUCUCGUUGUAGGUUUCCACAGUCUCUCAAUCCUACCACGUGUCAGUGUGAAUGCAGUAGAACGACUGCAGCCAGUUGUAACUCACAACUCCAAAGGUUCAAUUUUGAUAACUGUGAGUGUGAGUGCAUCAAUGUAUUUGUCACUAUUCAAAGAACCAUUCCCGGUGCACCAGUCCGAGGUCCUUCUAUUCCAGGUCCUUUUGUACCAGGUCCUUUCAUACCAGCUCCUCCAGCUCCUUUCCCUCCAUUUAUACCAAGAACUGGUAGGACUGGUACUCCUGGUACUAGGAGCAAGCGCAGAGCUAAGAAGAGAGAAGCUAGAAAUGGUGAAGUUUUGGGACCUGAUGGAGAAUUUAAAGUCCGAGGUGUUAUGAAGCGUCGUACAGGUCCAACUGGGCCUGGUACUGGUCCUGGAUUUAUAUUUCCUCCUAUUCUUCCACCAGUAAGAGGUCCUCCUGUCCGUGGACCAUCAAUACCUGGACCAUUUGUUCCAGGUCCUUCCACAAUCGUGACUGAAAGAAGGCUAGUAUCAGCUCCUUGCCCAGCUGGAACAGUUGUAAACAGUCGAUCAUGUGAAUGCUUAUAAGACCAAUGCCUCUAUAAACUGUACUGUUUAAAUAAGCUUUACUUUCCACAGUGUAAUGAUGAUUAUUAUUAACUAUUUUCUAUAAAAAUUUUAAAAGCAAA